AUGGUCCUCGAAGCUACGAUGAUCGUUGUUGACAACAGCGAGGCGAGCAGAAAUGGCGACUACCUACCCACACGAUUCCAAGCACAGACCGAAGCAGCUGAUGUCCAUGGCUGGCACGGCCCUACAGUCCUCAAUACACCGACGACAAACUUUGGCGCCGUACUCGCCGGCCUACACGAGACGAAGAUCAAGGGUCAAGCACAUCUCGGAACCGCCAUCAGCGUAGCCAUGCUCGCCCUGAAACACAGAGCCAACAAGUCACAGCGGCAACGGAUCGUGGUGCUGAUGUGCAGUGAGCUGGAUCAGAAAUUUGGCGACAAGAAUGACACGGAGAAAGAGCUGGUCAAGCUGGCCAAAAAGUGCAAGAAGAACAACGUCAGUGUGGAUUUUGUGGCGUUUGGUGAUGCGACAGAGUCAGACACGAAGACAAUUCUCGAGAAGUUCGUUGAGGCUGUCGGAGGUUCUUCCGGGGAGGGCAAUUAUCUGGCAGUAAUACCACCAGGACCAGGUCUGUUGAGCGACAGUCUCAUCUCAACGCCAAUCGUCAGCAUGGGCGGAGAUGAUGGUCAAGCCGGUAACGGAAUGGACGGUCUAGAGACCGGUGGCGGCAGUGGCGGCGGUGGUGGUUUCGAGUUUGGUGUCGAUCCUUCAGCUGAUCCAGAACUCGCCAUGGCGCUGAGGAUGAGUAUGGAGGAAGAGCAGAACCGACUUGCUAGGGAACGAGAACGGGAGGCUCAGAUUGCUGCAGACCGGAUGGAGACCAUCACAGAGGAGGGCGGCCAAAAUCAAAGUCAGCAGAAUGGUCAGAGUAGUGCAGAUGAUGGUGGCUCAAAGCAGCGAGAGUGGAGGAUGACAAGAAGGACGGCCCGUGAGUCUGGCAGAAUAUUAGACUGUCUUGAGUAUUGUGCAUAG